CGACCUGACCCUUUUCUUUCCAGUUGAAAAUGACGGCUGCAGGUUACUUUUAUGUUGUAUCUACAGUAGACGUCACGAUCCUGUAUUUCAUACGUGGAGGAGAUAUGAGUGCAUAAAUGAUGAUAAAUUUUAGAUAAAUAACUUUCACUUUAUUCAUUAAAUCAAUUGACCGAUAAUCACAUAGAAUAUAUUGAGCUCUUUUAAAAUGGAAAUCGAACAAGGCUAAAAGCCGGAUGCUUAUAGGUUAUUAUUACUAUCGGAGGCAAGGUAUAAAGGAUGGCUCGUAUGUGGUUGUCAACUUGCCUGGUGCUGCUUGGGAUGUACAGCGUCGCAGCGCUCGAGUGCUACACGUGCGCUGACUGCAAGCAAAAUCCUGCAGUUCUCGCUCCGUGCCCCAGUUCCCUGUUAACUCACUGCUCGCACAUGGAGGUGAACGGCUUCAUUGCGAAGUCAUGUGUUCCAAAGCUUUCCUGCACGUUACCGGGCGUUAAUAUUAACUGCUGCGACACCGACGGCUGCAACGGCGCAGGUCUUCCUGCUCCCGCCGCUCUGCUGCUGCUCACCGUUCCGCUCAUCGCCAGCUUCUUCUUGCGCUAAACCUGUGCUUGGUAGUUGUACUGGUUGAUGUUAUUAUUACUAUAUGUCGUCGAUUUAGUCGAACAUGAUGGGAGUUCUACAAUUUGUGACAACCAGAGGUAUUUCAGGCAUGUUUUUUUUUUUUAUUUUCACAUGGAUAGUGUGAUGUACCCAAACCGAAAAUGGUUCUGUUAGUAGAUGAUGUCCAGUAGAUGAUCAACGGGGUAUGUGGUAAAAACCACUUGCAUCUUAUGACUUUAUGAUGACCUUAGGACUUUUCAGUCAAUUUGUUAUAUCACAAAUUAUAUUAUAAAAUUUAAACAAAAAAGGCCUCAAAAAAGGACGAAAAUUUUAUGAUUUAGGAAGUUUAAGCUAACCAGUGACCAGUCCCUGCGCGGCCGGCAGCGUACGCGCCAAAAUCUUCCGUUGCACACGACCAAGCGAAACUUAUCGAUGUUGCUCGUCCGUCAACUCUACUUUCUAAUGAAACAUUAAACUUCAUGAAGAUGGACGUCAGAUUAUAAAAUUUGCCAGAGUUCAUAUUUAUCUCGUCACUUUCCAACUAAUAUAAAGGAGGGCAAAUUUUCAUGGCAUGAUUGUAGAACGAGCAUAUUUUAAUAAUUAAGCUAAAUGCUCGGGAACUUCUGCAUCAUCGAAUAAAUUAAUGCUUGAAUCAUGAAGUUUCUUUACCUGCCUAAAUUAAAAAAUAAUGUAUUCGAUAAAUUUUAAUGAAAGUUGCAUGCAUUGUUUCAACCUCCAUGCUCUUCACGUGAACGUGAAGGCAGAAUUCUCAGUGACGAGGAAUUGGAUUUAAUACGUAAAUUUCAUAUUAAAAGAUGCCGUAUGUUUGUGGAAGAAAAGAUGUAACUGACA